AUGGCGGGUCAAGUCUUCCCCAGUUCAGGCUGCCCCCUCCUGGCCCGCGCGCCCGAGUCCGGGAAGAGGGAGGAAAGUUACCGCGUCGCCGCCGUCCCGGCUGCUCGCCGGCCCCAGCCUCGCCCUCCGCAGGGGGCCGAGGAGCCGCCGCGAGCGCCCUCCCGAGGCGCCGGGCCCCGAGCGCCGGAGGGGGCCCCCCGCGCCCCGGAAGUUUGCGGGUUCACUCCCCCACGGCGCCCCGCGGGACGCGCGCCCCGGCCCCGCCGACGGCGGCGGCUAGGUGGCCCCACGCAGAGGGCCCCGGCGGCGGGGCGGCCCGAUCGCAGAAAUCGCUGUCCAGCCCCAUUGGCAGAACCACCCGAGCCCCAGGCUGACUCAACCCUCCCGGCCGCACUCAACGGCGCCUUCCGGCGAAAGGGAGAGGCCGCAGAGGGAGGGGGCGGGAGGACCGCCGGCAAGCAAGGAGCUGCGGCGGGACCUGGAGCAGGAGCACGAGAGGAAGUUUCAGAACUAGGGCCCCAAGCAGCUCCGCUCCUGGCCUCAGGACAAGACUCCCAGGGACGCCCGGGCCCGCGCGGAGGCGGCGGCCCGGCCUCAACUGGGGAGGGGGUCCCGGCGCCGCGCCGCUCCCCACCAACGCCCCCGGCCCAGCCCCCGGACCGCGACGGUGUAACCCGAUCCCGUUCAGCCGCCAGUCCCCGCCCGACGCGGCCGCCACCGCCGGAGCCACAGUAUCUGCAAAUCAGCCCUGGACAGCGCCUCGCUCCGCGUCCUUCCGCGCCCUCCCCCUCCCGCGGCAACCGCCGCCACGACCGCCCGGCCGGCCCGCCGCCCCCACCCAACCGUCACCCAGACCGCGCCACGCUUACCGUCCUUCCUGGGCGAGGAGGGGCGAAGACCCGCGUCGCCGCUCCUUCUCGGACUACUUUUCUUUGUUGCUGGAGUUUCGGGGGAGGGGAGGGAGAGGGCGGAAAAGUUGGACGCUGGGGCAGUCGAGGCCCGCGAAGACCCAGGAGAGGGGCUGCAGAGAGUGUUCAGGUCUCCGGCUCUCGCCCUACCGUCCCGGCCGCCGCCGCCGCCGCCACCUGGGGCCCCGGACCUCGGCGGCGCUUGCUCUGCUCCUGCGCCGUGAGCUCUCGGGAGCCGCACAUUCCAGCACAGAAGGCUGCGCCGCGCACCCGGCCCGCGGCGCCGCCGCCGCCGCCGCAGCCGCCGCCGCCACUCCCGGGACACGCCCCCUCCGCCUCCCGCGCGCGCCCGCGGGACACGCCCUCUCCACCGCCCCCGCGCGUGGCCGCCUGGCGCGCCCCGCCCCUGGAUGAAGGAGGUUGUUCUGGGCCCCAGCCGUGCUAG